UUUAGAGUUCUUUUAAUAAAACCGCGCUCGUUGUCAACUACAAUCCAAAAUAGCUUCCAGUUUAAGCUGCUCAAGCUCAAGCUCUUCUUGUCUUCUCAGCUCUGCCUCUCUGCAUAUAAUCAUCGAUCACUUAUUUUAUCUCAAAAAUAUUAAGACAUAGCUCGAUCUCACAUUCACCUUUCAGUUAAAGGGGUCUUUAACAAUGGCAAGUGAGGACUUGAAAUCCCAAGUCCCGGUUGAAGAAAAUGGGACUAAAGAAGAAGAGAAAAAUGGGAAUUUAGAGGCUUCGGUCAGCAAGGAAAACGGUGAAUCUUCUGAUGUUUUUUCAGUAAUACAAGAAGAAGAAGGAGAAGAAGAGGAAGGAGAGACCAAAGAAGCUACAAAGAAAAAGAAGAAGAAAAACAAAAGCAAGAGAAAAAAGGAAUUGGCAAAGCAGACUGAUCCACCCACUAUUCCUGUCGUGGAUCUUUUCCCUUCUGGGGAGUUUCCUGAAGGUGAAAUCCAGCAAUACAAAGACGAUAAUUUGUGGAGGGCUACAUCCGAAGAGAAAAGAGCAUUGGAACGUCUUGAACACCCAAUGUACAAUUCAGUUCGCCAGGCAGCCGAAGUUCAUCGCCAGGUUCGGAAGUAUAUGAAAAGCAUUUUGAAGCCUGGAAUGUUAAUGACUGAUCUCUGCGAGACCUUGGAGAACACUGUUCGUAAGCUAAUAUCAGAGAAUGGUCUGCAAGCUGGCAUUGCAUUUCCUACUGGAUGCUCUCUGAACUGUGUUGCUGCUCAUUGGACCCCAAAUACAGGGGAUAAGACUGUGCUUCAGUACGAUGAUGUGAUGAAAUUGGAUUUUGGGACCCAUAUAGAUGGACGUAUUGUGGACUGUGCAUUUACAGUGGCAUUCAACCCUAUGUUUGAUCCACUACUUGAAGCUUCACGCGAGGCAACCAACACGGGUAUCAAGGAAUCAGGGAUUGAUGUGCGUCUAUGUGAUGUUGGUGCUGCCAUCCAAGAGGUCAUGGAAUCAUACGAGGUUGAAAUUAAUGGAAAGGUGUUUCAAGUUAAGAGCAUCCGUAACUUGAAUGGGCACAGCAUUGGCCCCUACCAGAUUCAUGCUGGAAAAUCUGUUCCCAUUGUUAAAGGAGGGGAACAGACAAAAAUGGAAGAGGGUGAAUUUUUUGCAAUUGAAACAUUUGCAUCUACAGGGAAAGGAUAUGUAAGAGAAGAUCUAGAGUGCAGCCAUUACACGAAAGAUUUUGAUGUUGGCCAUAUCCCAUUGAGGUUGCCAAGAGCAAAGCAACUGCUAGCAACAAUCAAUAAGAACUUCUCCACAUUAGCCUUUUGUAGAAGGUAUUUAGAUCGCUUGGGAGAGACUAAAUAUUUAAUGGCACUCAAGAAUCUGUGUGAUUCUGGCAUUGUUCAGCCUUUACCUCCUCUGUGUGAUGUUAAGGGCAGUUAUGUAUCUCAAUUCGAGCAUACCAUCUUGCUACGGCCAACCUGCAAAGAGGUCAUAUCGAGGGGCGAUGACUACUAGCAUGGAUUGAUGACCCCUGUGACUGUAUACUAGUAAAAGAUUCAGUUGAAGGCGUAGUUUAUUUAUCUUCAUUGUCUGUUUUGUUACUGCCUGGUUUAGCAGACAAACAGCUUUGUAAUGGCAAAAAAGAAUUGGAAUAUCAAUCACAGUUGUGAUUUUAACAUGGAAAUGUUGGCCGCUAGGACACGCAUAAUGGAGACAUCAACUUGACUUGGAAA